AUGAAAAUCACGUCGUUCCUUACCAGUAUCUUCGCGGCCCAUUAUGCCAGCGCAGAGCUUGUGUAUCUAGUCAACUCUGUCAAGGGCAACGAGAUCUCCAGCGGCAUGGCAUAUUAUGCCGAUGGCCACUCUGCCGCAAACCUAGCCCAGCCUCAAGACUACACCGACGUUACGCACGGGUCUAAUGUUCACUGGGAAGGAAAUCCAGUAAAGGGCACCUUCGGUAGCGGGGUUAGUUUCACUUCCAACAUCUUUGCCGACGCUGCCAGUAAGGACCUCAACCAAUGGGUUGGAUCUGGAAACAAUGGAUUCAAGGACUUCACUUGCAGGAAGGCUUAUAGCAACAGGGGCAAGCCUUUCUUGCUGUAUCGUGUGGAUGGCUGGGAGGUCUACAGUAUCUACUUUUGUGGAAAGAAUAGUUAG